GAGGAGGCGAAUCCUUCGCUUGGAGGUGCGGCUCCAAAACGUGCCCAGUAAGGCGGCAUCGGAGGAGAUGCUGGCAGCUACCGAGCAAUUGCACAGUGAAUGUUAACUCCUCCAGACUUGCAGGACUCUGAAGAAGCAGUGGCAAGCAGGAUGCUUUUCCCCACGUCCACGCAAGAGUCUCCCCGUGGCCUCCCAGACACCAACGAUCUGUGCCUUGGCCUGCAGUCCCUCAACCUGACAGGGUGGGACAGACCCUGGAGCACCCAGGACUCUGAGGCUGCAGCACAACCCAGCACACAGUCCGUUCUCAGCAUGCUGAGUAGCCCUCUUGGGAACGUCCUGGGGAAGUCCCCGCUGGGUUUCCUGCCUCUAGACCCCAUCGGAUCAGACCUGUCAGAAAAGUUUUCCACACCCACGCUAAGGAAUUCCCGCCUGGACUCCCGCUCCCUCCUGGAAUCCCGCUCCAGCAGCCCCUCCGACUCGGACACCAGCGGCUUCAGCUCUGGCUCUGACCACCUCUCAGACUUGAUUUCAAGCCUUCGCAUCUCCCCACCUCUGCCCUUCCUGCCCCUGGGUGGGGUGUCAAGAGACCCCCUAAAGAUGGGAGUGGGCUCCCGGCUGGAUCAAGAGCAAGCUGCUCUGGCUGCAGUAACUUCCUCCCCAGCUGGGGCAUCAAAAAGAUGGCCUGGAGCUUCUGCGUGGCCUUCCUGGGAUCUCCUGGACUCUCCAGAAGACCCUUUCAGUAUCGAAAGAGAAGCCAGGCUUCACAGGCAAGCAGCAGCUGUGAAUGAAGCAACCUGCACCUGGAGUGGGCAGCUGCCACCCCGGAACUACAAGAACCCUGUUUACUCCUGCAAAGUCUUCCUGGGAGGAGUCCCCUGGGACAUUACGGAAGCUGGACUGAUGAACACCUUCCGUGUGUUUGGCUCCCUGAGUGUGGAGUGGCCUGGUAAGGAUGGCAAACACCCACGCUGCCCUCCCAAAGGCUAUGUCUACCUGGUGUUUGAGUCGGAGAAAUCUGUGCGUGCUCUGCUCCAGGCCUGCACCCAGGACCUGCUGAGCCCUGAUGGACUCAGUGAAUACUAUUUCAAGAUGUCCAGCCGCAGGAUGCGCUGCAAAGAGGUGCAGGUGAUCCCCUGGGUGCUGGCGGACAGCAACUUCGUGCGCAGCCCCUCGCAGCGGCUGGACCCCAGCAAGACCGUGUUCGUGGGGGCCCUGCACGGCAUGCUGAACGCCGAGGCCCUGGCAGCCGUCAUGUACGACCUCUUCGGGGGGGUGGUCUACGCUGGCAUCGACACCGACAAGCACAAGUACCCCAUCGGGUCUGGCCGUGUCACCUUCAACAACCAGCGCAGCUACCUGAAGGCGGUGACUGCUGCCUUCGUGGAGAUCAAAACCACCAAGUUCACCAAGAAGGUUCAGAUUGACCCAUACCUGGAGGACUCCAUGUGCCAGGUCUGCAGCACCCAGCCCGGCCCAUUCUUCUGCAGAGACCAGAUCUGCUUCAAGUACUUCUGUCGCUCCUGCUGGCACUGGCAGCACUCCAUGGAGGUCCUGCGUCACCACCGCCCGCUGAUGCGCAACCAGAAGAACAGAGACUCCAGCUAAGGAGGCUGCCGAGGCCCAGGGGCUGCCGCAGGCGCAGGAGC